GGACAAUUUAGAGGCCAGUAAAAGUCAAAGAUAUGAGAUGGAGAGUCAAAUGUAUACGCUGCGUUCAAUGCCGUGCCAAGCUGUUCGGAACACACAAGGGAUAGUUGAGCUUGCACGGCUGUGACAUCCUCCUUAGUGAUCUCUAUAAAUCCAGCACCUUGUUAUAAUUACUUCAUGCAACCACCAGGAAUGGAGAGGUUAAGCUUGUUGAUCGUAUUCCUUUUGUGCCUAGCAGCUACUGGCAUUGCCCAGAAUUGUGGCCGGCAAGCUGGAGGCCGGACUUGUGCUAACAAUCUUUGCUGUAGCGAGUGGGGCUUUUGUGGAACGAGUGAUGACCAUUGUUCACCUUCCAAGAGUUGUCAAAGCAACUGUAGAGCCAGUGGUGGCAGCGGUGGCGGUGGUAGCAGUGGAGGUGGCGAGAGUGCUUCCAAUGUUAGAGCUACAUACCAUUUCUACAACCCUGAGCAAAAUGGAUGGGAUUUGAACGCUGUAAGUGCUUAUUGUUCUACAUGGGAUGCCAAUAAACCAUUGGCUUGGCGUAGACAAUAUGGUUGGACUGCCUUUUGUGGACCAGUUGGACCCCGUGGCCAGGCUUCUUGUGGCAGGUGCUUGAGGGUGACAAACACUGGGACUGGAGCACAAGCAACAGUGAGGAUUGUUGACCAAUGCAGCAAUGGAGGUCUCGACUUGGAUGCAGGAGUAUUCCGGCAAAUAGAUACUGAUGGAAGAGGCAAUGCUCAAGGCCACCUUAUUGUAAACUACCAGUUCGUGAAUUGCUGAUCAAAAGGCACCAUCCUCUUCCAAUGUUAUGAUGAAAACUCAAUAAGCUUGUUGAUUUCCAAGUACUAAUAAAUUUUUAAUCUUUUCUUGAAUAAGAAGCGGGUGAUAUUGUAAACCCAGAUUUUUGCAAUAAAAUCUAUGAACCUCGUUUGCAGUU